AUGGCUACUCUGACUGCCGCCACUGAACCAGGUCGUCUGUCCACUGACAAGACAGAAGUUGAUUCCGGAAUCACCUCGCCACCUAAAGAUACACACCCGCACGAAGAUCACCCCGUCGCCGAUGGGAAGGCCCAGCAGAGUGAGGAUGGCGGUCCCGACUAUCCACAUGGCAUUAAGCUGGUCCUGAUCAUUUCGGCGCUGUGUCUGGCCGUGUUUUUGGUUGCCCUGGAUCAGACCAUUAUUGCGCCUGCUUUGGGGGCUAUUACGGCGCAGUUCCAGAGCGUCAAGGAUAUCGGCUGGUACGGAAGUGCCUAUUUGCUCACGACGACGGCUUUGCAGCCCAUGUACGGUGCCGUGUAUAAGUUGUUUAAUGUCAAAUUGGUGUAUCUCGGUGCUGUCUUUAUAUUUGAAGUGGGCAGCUUGUUGACUGCCGUUGCGCCCAAUUCGACUGCGUUUAUUGUGGGAAGAGCUAUUGCGGGUAUUGGAACUGCUGGUCUCUUCUCUGGCUCCAUCGUGAUCCUCUCGCUCUCAAUGCCUCUCCAGAAACGCCCUAUGGUAUUCGGUCUCAUAGGCGGCAUGUGGGGGAUUGCCUCCGUCGCAGGCCCUCUUCUCGGCGGCGCAUUCACGGAAAACGUCACCUGGCGAUGGUGUUUCUACAUCAACCUCCCCAUCGGAGGCCUCGCCAUGGGUAUUAUCGCGUUCUUCCUCCACGUCAACCGCAAUACCUCUGACACCGAGAACAUGACCUUUGUGGAGCGUCUCUUGCAGCUGGAUCUGCUGGGCACCUUCGUCUUCAUCCCCUCUAUCGUGUGUCUUUUGCUUGCGCUACAGUGGGGAGGAGCGGACUAUCCAUGGAACAAUUCCAAGAUUAUUGGCCUCUUUGUCGGGUUCGCACUCAUGAUUGCCGUCUUUAUUGGCAUCCAGUUUUGGCAGGGUGACAGGGGAACCUUGCCGCCUCGCUUCUUCAAGAAUAGGAACACCCUGUGCGCCAUGGUGUUUGCGUUUUUCUUUGGCGCCGGGUUCUUCCCCCUGGUUUAUUACAUCUCUCUCUACUUUCAAGCCAUCCAAGGUGUAUCCGCCGUCCAAGCCGGCAUCAAAAUCCUCCCUCUCCUGCUUGCCACGGUCCUUUGCUCCAUCAUAACGGGCGGUCUCAUCUCCGUCAUCGGCUACUACAACUUUGUCAUCAUCCCCUGCAUGGUCCUCUACACCGUCGGCUCCGGCAUGAUCACCACCUUUGACGUGGACACCCCGCUCCGCCAGUGGUUCGGCUACCAGGUCAUUGCUGGUCUCGGCAUCGGGGCCGGCUUCCAAAUCGGCGUGCUGGUCGUGCAGACGGUGCUCCCGCAGGAAAUGGUUCCCGUCGGCACGGCCUGUGUGCAGUUCUUCCAGGCACUCGGCGGUGCCAUUUUCGUGGCUGUUGCGCAGACACUCUUCCAGAAUGGGCUCAUUGACACCCUUGGCAAGGACAACAUUGGCCUCGACGGCAAGAUCUUUAUCAAUAGCGGCGCUUCCCAGAUCAAGCAUGUCCUGGAGGGAAUGGGCCGCUUGGACGCCCUGGACCAAGUGCUGGAGGCCUACAUGAUUGGGCUUAGGCACACGUAUUACAUCUCCGUGGCGUGUGCAGGCUGUGCCUUUUUGGCGGUGCUGGGUUUGGAAUGGAGGUCUGUGAAGCAUGGCCCCGACGGCAGGAGGAACAAGAAGAAAGAAGAGACUGCUGCCUCGGCAGCUGUUUAA